UGCUCAGAAGAUACACCAAAUCUCACGUACAACAAUGGCGGUUCAAGCUGAAUGUUCAUCAAAUGUUCUGCUUCUUAACAGAACCAUACAGGAAGGGAAAAUCCAAAUAGGAAAUAAGUAUUCUUUGCCACCACAACCAGGCGGCGGCGUUGGCGGCGGCGGUGGUGGUGGUGGAGGACUAGCCACUACUCUUCUUGAUCAUCAAUCCAUUAAUCACACCUUAUUCAACAAUUUUCCAGUUGGGAAUUGUAGUACGAAUCAAAGGAAAAGGGGAAGAGAAGAUAUGAUGAAUCAAUUCAUGUCGAAUCUCCAUCCACAACAAUCUCAUUGUAAUCAAUUCAUGGAUGUUUCCCAGAUUCAAUCGAGAAACGUUGAUGUUUCAACUGGUCUCCGUUUAGCUUUCGGUGACCAUCAUCAACAACACUCCAUUUCUCCUCAAUCCUCUGGUUUUGCAUCUUUGUUACCGGAAGACUUAUCCAACCUAAUGAAUCAACAAGGAGAUGAAAUCGAGCAUUAUCUUCGAGUCCAGGGAGAAGAGCUUAGGCGUAAAUUAGCAGAAAAGAAGCAACGGCACUAUUCUGCGCUGAUCGGGGCGGCGAAGGAGUCGGCGUCGCGGAUGAUAAGGGACAAGGAGGUGGAGGCGGAGAGAGCCAUUCGGCGCAACGCCGAGCUGGAGGCUCGGGCAUCGCAGCUAAGCGCGGAGGCUCAAGUUUGGCAGGCAAAGGCGAGGGCGCAGGAGGCGGUUGCUGCGGCGCUACAGGCGCAGCUGCAGCAAGCCAUCAUUAGCGGAGUAGGAGGAUGUGUAUCACAGGGGGAGGAGGUGGGUGGAGGAUGCGCGGCGGGUGAUGCGGCGGAGGACGCCGAGUCGUCGUACAUUGACCCGGAUCGAGUCGUGAUGGUGAGUGGACCCGGAUGUAAGGCGUGUGGAAAACGAGUCGCCUCGGUGGUGCUGUUGCCGUGUCGGCAUCUCUGCGUCUGUACUGAGUGUGACGACGUCGUUCAAGCUUGCCCAUUAUGUCUUUCCCUCAGAAGCUCUAGCAUUGAAGUCUACAUGUCAUGAUGGGCCCCAAGAUAUCCCAAAUCUGACGAGAGGGGUAAAAUUGGAAUUUGCUAAAAAAAUGGAAAUGGAAAAUCAGAAUUUCCAAAAUGUGAGGAAUAUAUAUAAAUAUAAGUAUGAUAUUAUAUAU